AUGGCGCCCGCCAAAACGAGUAGAGCAUCCAAGCCGGCGCGCCCCGCGCCCAGACCUGCCUUGUCCAAGACGCCCAAGAAGCGGGACAGCGUCACGAAUAAGAGCAUCCUCAGUUUUUUCCACAAGGUCGAUCGCCCCGAGGAGUCAAUGUUCAUCGAUGGUGAUACCCCAUCAGUGGUACAGCAGCCCCGUUCAAAUGAAGAUGACGACGACGAUAUAUAUGGGGCCAACGACCCGGCGCUAGAAGAGAGGUACAAUGAAGCACAGGUGCCGAGCAAGAGGAGGAAGUUGAGUGACGCUAGCGAUGGGUUCAACAAUAGUCUAGAGCCUUUACCCUCAGAAAGACAAGUAAAGCCACAGCUCGAGGAGACGCCGCGAUCCAAGCCUCCGCUCCCUAAGAAGAAGCCUUUCAAAGGGCCAUUCCUGGACGACUCGUCGGACUCUGAGGAAGAGGAGGAGGACCAUGAGACGAUGCCAAAUAUACGAUCCAGCCAGGCAGUAUGGAAAACCACCACCAACACCACCACACCCACCACGUCUGCGCAUGAGGAGCCCUCGGGGCCAGAUCUAACCCCUGCGCCUGCCCCAGAAGACCCAGCCUGCGAAACCCUUCCGCCCCCACUGAAACACGAGAUGUCGACGAAUGGAGACUACGGCGAGUUCGACGACCUGGACGACGAGUUGGACGAUGACUCGUUCGAGGGAGAAGAGCUGCGUGAAAUGCGUUUCAUGAAGGCACAGGCCCGGCUUGAGGCCGAAGAGGCCGGUGUCGACAGCUGCGAUGAUGGGUUUGAGACGCUCAUGGAGGAUGAUGGCAUGACUGAGAGCUGUCCAAUAUGCAGUGCCAGCCUCGUCGGCAUCACACCAGAUGAAGCUACGGUUCAUGUCAACUCAUGCUUGGAUGGCAAUCCGACACCGCUGCCCUCCAAGAAGCCCCUAGGGUCUCCACCGCAGUCGCAAAAACCGAGAUCAAAGCCCGAGAUCAAACAAGAGGACGAGGUUCUCGUCUCGAUGCCAGAAGUAGGCAAGCGUUUCGCUCGUGCUGCCGUCGCUCGCCCGGGCCAGGCAAACCCGAUAUCGAUCGGUGAAGGAGGACCAGGUGCCGGCAGCGGGUCUGCUUCUGCCUUCUCGAAAUUGAUGUCGGGCCAUGCUGAGGACGCAGCAUGGGCUACAGCAGCGGCAGCCGAGAAUGCCUCUCGAGGCAAGCCAGCGUACCAGAGGACCUGCCCGUUCUACAAGAUCAUGCCCGGCUUUCACAUCUGCGUGGAUGCAUUCCGCUAUGGCGCCGUGAAGGGGUGUCGUGCGUAUUUCCUCAGCCAUUUCCACAGCGACCACUACAUCGGUCUGACGGCGAACUGGACCCACGGGCCAAUAUAUUGCAGCAGGGUGACUGGGAGUCUCGUCAAGUCACAGCUCAAGACGGCAGAGAAGUACGUCGUUGAGCUAGAGUUCGAGGAGAAGGUCCCUGUGCCCGGGACAGACGGAGUCUCGGUGACCAUGAUACCUGCCAACCACUGCCCAGGGAGCUCUCUGUUUCUUUUCGAGAAGUCCGUCUUGAGCCCAAACGCCCACGCCAAUUCCAAGGAGAAGAACAGGGUGCAACGCAUUCUGCACUGCGGCGACUUCCGGGCCUGUCCUGCCCACAUUGAGCACCCCCAGCUGAAGCCGGAGACUGUUGACGCCCUGGGGAAGAUGAAGCAGCAGAAGAUCGACGUGUGCUACCUCGACACAACGUAUCUCAACCCAAGGUACUCGUUCCCGCCACAGACGGAUGUGAUCCGAGCAUGUGCCCAGCUCUGCCUUGAGCUGGACUCGACGCUCAGGGAAGAGAACGAGACCGACUGGCACAACGUUCUACCGACGGCCACAACACCCCCCAACGCCCUCAGCGUCCUGGGCCAACAAGCCAGGGCCAACCGCAACCGCCUCCUCGUCGUCUGUGGUACCUACAGCAUCGGCAAAGAGCGAAUCUGUAAAGUCAUCGCCCUUGCCCUCAAGACUAAGAUCUUUGCCAGUCCGGCCAAGAUCCGGAUCUGCUCACAGUUAGGCGACCCGGAGCUGACGAGCCUGAUGACCAACAAUCCACACGAGGCACAGGUCCACAUGCAGAUGCUGAUGGAGAUCCGCGCCGAGACGCUCGCCGAGUACUUAGACCACUACCGCCCGCACUUUGGCCGCGUCAUCGGGUUUCGCCCCUCGGGCUGGAACUAUCGACCGUCCCUGGCCAACAACGGCGGUAGGUCUGGGUCCGCAGCCCAGGUCACGGCCAACACGCCGCCCACCUCCGUGCCGACCACGCAGAUCCUCCACGGGCCGGCGUGGCGCACGCGCUUCGGCCCGCGCGACCUGGUGCCGCAGCAGGGAAGCUCGCGGGAGGCCAUGUGUUUCGGCGUGCCCUACAGCGAGCACAGCAGCUUCCGGGAGCUGAUGCUGUUUGUCAUGGCGCUGCGGAUCGAGAAGAUUGUGCCGACGGUGAAUGUGGGCAGCGAGCCUAGCAGGCGCAGGAUGAAGGGCUGGACGGAUCGGUGGCUGAGCGAACGGCGGAGGGGAGGUGUGUUGAGAAUUGUUAUGGAGGGAGGGGAUGGUGGGGAGGGGGAGGACGAUAAGAAUAAGGUCGCCAUGUGGGAUGGGAAAGACGGACGAGGCGGUGCAGUGCAUUGGUAG